AUGUCAACAAGAGAGUCAGGACGAGUUAAGGAAGUGGAGAAGAGGAGAGUUUUAGAUGAUGCAGCGAGGAAACGGAGAGCCAGAAAGGCGGUUGAGGCGCUCGAACAAGACAACUUUCAUGAUGACCCUCACGCUGACCUGGUCAUGUCAAAGAAGAUACCUAAGUUCGCGGACUCCAACGAGAAACCUACGAGGAAAAAGAAAGCGAAGAGUGCGGAGUACUAUAAGAUGAGGUUUAGGAAGACUUUUGCGCAGUUAGUGGAAGAAGAUGCAAGUUUUAGGCCAGAACCACCUAAUUAUUUGUCGGCUCAAGUUCCACCAUCCAAAUUUCCCGACCGCCACUUCUGCGCAGUAUGUGGAUUUAUUUCAAACUACACCUGUAUAUCCUGUGGCGCAAGGUAUUGUUCUGUGCGAUGUCUUGGAACGCAUUUAGACACGAGAUGUCUAAAAUGGACAGCUUAGAAUACUUACUGAAUCACUGUGAAAAUUAUCACUAAUAAAUAAUUAGUUUAUAAGUUUUAUUAAAAUGGUCGAUGCUA